AUGUCGCGAUAUGAGCUCGGUUCUGCUGCUGAACAGGCGUCUGUCAAAUGGCCACAUGAAGCACUCUCACAACUAGGAAUCCAUGCUACUCAACGUUUCACGGAUGCAGCACCGUCGAGCUUCCACCAGAUUCCACAGAGUCAAAGUAUACAGUUACCGACACUGCCAUCGUAUGGAAAUUUCCAGACAUCAAGUAGUGGCGCAACGGGCGGCUUAUUUCGUUCAAGCGGUUUCCAGCAACCACAACCUCAGCCUGGCCUAAUAGCACCUGCACAACAAAAUCACCACGACGUACAAAAGUUGCUAGCACAAUUAAAUACCUCUGGUGUUACCCCGCAACAGCUAUCCCAGUUUGUAGCAUCACAGCAGUCAUUUCUCUCAACCGCUGAUGAAGCGAAAUUGCUAGAGUUUCGGAAGUUGCUGUCAGACUGGCCGAAUAACUCGAGUAAGCUGGCCGAACAAGUCUGGCAAAAUGCCGCUAUUGGAAACUGGUUGCAACAGCAGCAAGAACAGCAGAAACUGAGAAACGAAAAGAUUACGGGAACCAGCAAUGGAAUUACCCCGUCUGAAAUGCAGUUACAGCUAUCACUGGCAGCUGGAAAUGUAGUUGUAAAUGGUCAGUCUACGCUAGCCAAAUUCACGCAAAAUCAGGACGACUCUCAGCUUCAGGCACUUCUAAGUCCAACUGCUUUAAGUAGAAGUCAGUCUUGUGGGCUGCCGAUACCUCAGGGUAUAAUUUCACCUCAACCGGUCCGUGCCAAAUCGGGGUUUAUUUCACCACAACCUGAAUCUCAGUCAAAGAGUCAUUUGACUCUACCCGUAGAUGCGUCGACAUUAAGCCGCUCACACACUGCCAGUGAAAGUUCCAGUUGUCAAGAGCAGUCUUCAUCCUCAACGGUUGUGGAGGAGACAGUUCAUGUGAGCGAGUCGGAAACAACGGAAGGAGACGCAAAUGUAACAACUUCAGAAACUCGUGUAGCAAACGAGUCUGAAGAGAGGAUGACUGAAGACGGCACCAACGAUCACGAUGGGUGUUCGGGAACAGAGGAUAAAGUCAACGAAGACGAUGCUCGUAGUGGCAUGAAGAAACUGGAAAAUGAUCAGGAAAUGGAAGUGGCGAAGAAGGAAAUUGAUUACGGUGAACCAGUAGUCAGCCAACCACUAAUGAAAUCGGUGUUAGAUCUCGGUGCUGACGAUAAUGAAACCGCAACAGUGAACGCAGGUAACUCGGAAGGAAAUGAUUCGCAUGAUGGAACGCCGAUGGAUUGCAACGAUGAGGAAGGGAGGCCGAGUUCAGCACAGUCCACGACUGCUGAACCAAACGAAGUUUCUUCGUCAAGGUGA